UCCUAAUUCACCAACUUCCCUAAACAGGAACCAAACGUGGCCCGUGCCAAGGCUAAAAAUUGUACCUGACAUCAAAGACGUUCGAGUGUAAUUUAGUAUGCAAGUUGACAGGUAAUUUCAUUGGCUGCUUUGACUGAGACCCUAAAUACAGUCCGCCUCCCGCGGGCCUAGUUUUCUCAGUUUCCCACACAAACUUAGCUGCACUAACUUGAAAGUCCAGUUUUCCAAGCAAGUCAAAGAAAACACCAAAGAGUACUGGAGACAACAUGGACGUGGACAGCAAACGGCUGGUAGUAGUAGUACCAAACGAAGCAUCAGUCCCCUCCCGUAGAGUGUUCAGCAGUGAGGAUGAGGCGUGGAGGAGCUACCUAGAGAACCCCCUGACUGCUGCCACCAAAGCCAUGAUGAGCAUCAAUGCAGAUGAGGACAGUGCAGCAGUUCUGGGACUGCUGUACGACUGUUACAAGGUUCCCAGAGAGAGGAGACGACCCUCUAGUGGUGGCACAGAACCCUCUGCUAUCAGGCCCAGUAACUGUGGGAACUUGGAGAUACUAGAUCACCGUCUUCAGGCUUUUAGAUCUAUGCCUGUCAACCUCUCCUUAAACAACAGCACCACUACAGAAUAUCAGGGCUCCAAAUACGCAGCUACUAGCCUGGUAAGAGACACCAGGGGAGGCGAUGGUAAAGUAGGAGGUGGGAAGGCUCUUGCUCUGGUGAAGACAGAAGGCCAGGCAUCCAUGGGAGUGUCCUGUUCUGGAGGAUCCUACAUAGAAGAACCCAGAGACCAGAAAAGGAUGGUUCAUGAGCAUGAUUUGUCCCUUGCUAGGUACUUGAAAGAUGAACAGAGAAGCACUCCAGACAGCACAUAUGAGGAUGCUGUGGAAGGAGAGAUGUACCACAGGAGUUCUUCUUCACGAGUUGAUGAAUUCCACUAUAGCCUACCAGUUGACAGUUUUCGGUACAGUCUGGACGCCAGCGUGUCGCUGCGGUCACGGCAAGCAGAAGGACCCAUGGCUUACCUGAACCGGGGCCAGUUCUACGCUUUGACACUGUCUGAGACCAGCUUCAGAUCAUCCCUUUGUCAUGCCAGAGGCAAAGUGCGGGCGAGUGGACCAACGCCGUCACAUGGGAAGGAUGGGAGUCCAUCUACUAGUGAGGAAUGCCCCAUGGGAGGCUCUGAGCUGCAGCGGGACAGUAUUGUACAGACUGUUAUUAUGGUAGUCUUUGGGGAAGAUAAGUGCAGAGAUGAGCAGCUGAAGAACUGGAAAUACUGGCACUCCCGCCAGCACACAGCCAAACAGAGAGUCCUGGACAUUGCCGACUACAAGGAGAGCUUCAGCACGAUUGGAAAUGUGGAGGAAAUUGCCUAUAAUGCUGUUUCUUUCACUUGGGAUGUCACGGAAGAAGCCAAGGUCUUUAUCUCUGUGAACUGUCUGAGCACAGACUUCUCUUCCCAGAAGGGUGUGAAAGGGAUGCCUCUGAUCAUGCAGAUCGACACCUACAGCUACAACGGGUGCAGCAGCAAACCCAUCCACAGGGCCUUUGCUCAGGUCAAAGUUUUCUGCGACAAGGGCGCUGAGAGGAAGCUUCGUGAUGAGGAGAAGAAGCAACUCAGAAGGAAGACAAAAGGGAAGAACAGCAGUUUGGGACUGACCUCUCCCAUUAGGAGGGCUGAUAGCACGCUGUUCAAAACCAUGAUAGACCUGGACUCCCAGCCUGUCCUCUUCAUUCCUGACGUGCACUUUGGAAACCUGCAGAAAGCGGGGCAGGUAUUUGCCUUUAACCCUGAGGAGGCUGACAGAGAUGGGAGUGUUCUGAUGAAGAGGAUGUCAUGUGUUGAAGAAAAUAUCAGUCGACCUCAGCACAAGAGGUCCAAAGUAGACCAGGAAAAGAAAGUUCUUCUAUAUGUGAGAAAGGAGCGUGAUGAAGUGUUUGAUGCCUUAAUGCUGCACACCCCCACUCUCAAAGCGUUGAUGGAGGCAAUCUCAGAGAAAUAUGCAGUGCCUCUUGACAAGAUGGCCAAAGUUUACCAAAAAAGCAAAAAAGGGGUUCUGGUGAACAUGGACGACAACAUUAUCCAGCAUUAUUCGAACGAGGACACUUUCAUCCUGGCCAUUGAGAGCUCUGCAGACUCCUUGCGUGUGGUUCUGUCAGAGAUCUAACGUCUGUCAUUGAUCAUUAGUUGGUGACGCUUCAGCCAUGCUGUGUGUAGAAAUUGUGAAUGUUUGUAGCAGUAUUGGCAAUUACAAGCUGGUGUCUUAGGAUCUGCAAUUACAUGAGUCACCAUUAUGGAAAAAGCCUGCAAGUCCCCAGGAUGUUGUUAAACUCCUUCUGUACAUGUUUACUGCUUUCCCUCUCUCUGAAGAGACUGUGGUGAUUAGUAUUUAUGACAUUAGUUAGGCACUCACAAAGCCCAGCUGGUCCAUCCAUUUACUACCUUUGCCUGAGGCUUCAGUCUAACCACUCUGGUCCUACUCACCGCCGGUUUACACCUGAAUCACUGACAGCUUCAUAUGCUUCAUGCACUGUGAUGUACAGUCUUUUAAAUGAGUUGAUAAAUACAGUUUUAU